CAGCAGAGCUGCAAAUGCCCAGGCCAUCAAAGCCAAUGGCCAGCAUUCCCAAACAACCCGCAGACGAAUCUACUGAAAGAAUCAAGCUGCACCUGUACAAUGAGGGGCAACGCAACCCCGCAAUUCUGAGGAGUGGCAAACCAGGAUGGUGCCAUGGUCCCGUCGAUCAUCAGCCAAUCAUGUCAUGUGACCGUGUCCAGUAUGACAACGACAUCUCCCCAUUAUGGUGUGACCCCCCACAUUCUGGUGAGGUAUAAACUCCGGGUAUACACCCGCAAACCAGACCCAUUUCAUUCUACCAAUACACACCGAAACAAGUUCAAUUGCAACCACUAUGGACAAGUACAACUCCCAAUGGGUCUCCAUCCACAUUAGAGACCACCUAAAGGAUGGCGAGGUCCUAGUCCAGCACACCGUCAUCGAAGGCGGUGAGUUCUGGAGCCCUGAUGAUCGCCGCCGGUCCCUCUCCGAAGAAGAGAUUGACGAGAUCGUCAUCCCCUCUGAUGGCAUCGGCGAGAUCAAUGCCAGCGGCCGCCGUGGCAGCGAGGGCCGCCUGGAUCUUUUCCAUGGCAGGGAUAAGAUUUGUGAGCUUCAUUGGGAGAAUCGUGGAGGAGAACACAAUAAUGUAGUUGAGAUAUUGGAUAGCAGUGACAAGUACAGAAUUGAGUGCGGGGGAUGGAGUCCCAAGGAAGGGCCCUUGGGACAUGUCUUUGUGGACAUUGCCGAGGCAAAGAAGCAGUAAUUUGCCUUGCAGUCACAACAUCGGGGGUGAUUCUGUAUGUGGCCCUGCUCUGUUCCUACAAUCUGGUCAGAGCCGCCCCUUUUAAUUUCUUUAGUAUGUAAUUAUGCAAAUGA